AGGUGAAAACUAAGUGAUGCCGCUUUAAGAGGGACCAGCCAGGUACACAGGGCGGGUCUUACUACAGCCAAUCACCUGCACGCUCUCAUGGGCCAGUGCCUGGGAGCGAGGCUUGGAUUCCAGGCAGCCAAUUAAAUCGCGAGUUCCGCCUGUGACACGCACGUUUUUGAAACGAGGCUUGGAGUGCAGGUAUCCAAUCAGAGAGCGAGGAGGUGAGACCCAGUGGAACGCAAUGCGAAAAUCCUUCACCAUGGUUACAGAAGGGCCAAUGGGAGUUCAGAAUGGCCGUUCCUUGUGCCAUCCAAUCAGUUGAAGCCGAGAGCCGGAUGUGAGGUCAGGGGCAGGACGGGAAGCUCCGUGUGAAAGAGCCAUGGAGACGGCGGGAGAAAGAGAGAGAGUGAGAAUGGACGGAUUUUAAAUAAACCUGCGGGAUGUGGGCGCCAUGUGGGAGGGGGAGGGCAGAGAGCCAGCCAGGCAGACUGGGAGCAAUGGGAAACAGCUGGCUCUCUGGGAGAUUGGCUGAGCAUGGUGGGAGUGAACCUGAGGGACCAGAGCUCUCAUAACAACAAGGCAGCCUGAAAGGGGAAACCACCAGGGAGCAAUGGGAAACAGCUGGCUCUCUGGGAGCUUGGCUGAGCAUGGUGGGAGUGAACCUGAGGGACCAGAGCUCUCAUAAUAACAAGGCAGCCUGAAAGGGGAAACCACCAGGGAGCAAUGGGAAACAGCUGGCUCUCUGGGAGAUUGGCUGAGCAUGGUGGGAGUGAACCUGAGGGACCAGAGCUCUCAUAAUAACAAGGCAGCCUGAAAAGGAAAACCUCCAGGGAGCAAUGGCAAGGGGAGAGAAAGGCCAUCAUGGACAUCACACAUGGCAUAUGAAGUAGGAGAUUAGAAAAUGCUGGCUGAGGGUCAGUGCAGGGAAGAGGUGGGUUAGAGAGGGUGUUAUUGGAGGAGGCAGAGGUGAACAGGAAAGACAUGGCCAAAGGACAAGAAAAUAAGAAAUGAGCAAAGGAGGGGUUAAGGGAAGUUGGGGGUAACAGACUAACAGGAUGGGGAUAAGGCACAUGCAAGGGGGAGACGGGACAUGCAAGAUACAGAAAAUAGAAGAGAGCAGAUUUACAAAUAUAAAUGUAAGGGAACAAGCUGAUGUGAUGUAAGAUGCAGGAAAGGUGACAUAAGAGAUGAAUGAUAACUAAAGAAGUGCAGUGAAGAUGCUGGUGAGGUACAAGAAUGGGGAGAGGGUGAUAGGAGUGGAAUUCCAAGGUAUGGGGAUAUAUAGAAAAAAAGAGAGGAGAUGGAAGAGAGGUGGCGAGGCAGUAGUUGGAUAUGUUGAUUUAGGGGAUAUGGUGUGGUAUGUUCAGUUUCCGGGAGAGAGAAUCAAAUAUCACAGCUAUAAAGAAAGACCAAAGCAACGGUGCAUUCAGUUACGCCUGGCACCAUCCAGAAUUAAACAUGAGACAUUAAUAUACACUUAAAGUAACUCACUAUUGUCCCCUCGUUUUCUAUUCAUGUACAGGUGGUGUCUGUGAGAGAGGCUGAAAAUGACCCUCCUCUUGAGAGAGAAAUCCUUGGAGUGUCUCCUAGCUCAAACCGAGGUAUGGCUGCAUAUUUCUGUAUAUGUGUAUGUAAACUCAUUUAAGAGGCACUGACACUCCUGCCAUUGAAUAAAGUUCUGAAAACCACUUAUAACGGGAUUCAUGAAACGGUUCAUUUUCUUUUAAACUUACAAUAAAUAUUUAGCUAAUGACAGCAGUCCAGGUCAGAAAAAGGCAAAGCAAGGGAAAACAUUGUGAAUGGAGAGGAAAAAUAGAAACCAUUUUAUUUCUCCUCUUUUCGGUACGCUAUCUCUUUGCUGACUUCCAGGGCAGGGCUUAUAGUAAUAACUGACAGAGGGCUUAGAUAGAGGCGCCCAGUUACAAAAUAAAUAGGUGGAUUUCUAGAUUUAAUUUUAGUUUUCACAACUGACAAAAUACAUAUUUAAUAAAUACAUGGCUAAGUAAACAUCGUAUUAAAAUUCAUGGAAGGUGGCAGUUCCCCUUUAAAUCUUCUAGGGCUUUAUGUAUGUCACAACUAUACAAAUACAACAGUCUUAAACAGCUGCAUAAAACUUGUAUAUUACAUGCAUAUAUAAUUAUGAUGAUAACAAAGUAUUUAUAUACCAACAAUGACUACAAAAGAAAAUAAACUAUGAAGAAUUUACUAAUAUACUAAGCAGGCAGAAAUUAUUUCAGCACAAUCUAUAGUUGUUUUAUUUAGCUAUUACAGUGUGUUAAUUGAUCUUCCUCUUGAAAAAGUUGAUUUGUUUUGGAUACGUAAUAACCAGCAAUUUACUGUCUUCCAAUGAAUGUAAUUUAUACAUUAACUUUUUUAAUGUAUCCUUUUGUAUGGAACGCACCAGAGUUGAAAUCUAUUAAAACGUCAAUAUUUCUUAGCCACUUUUGAGAGCUGUCCUAUUUAGUGGGGCCAUCUAGCCACCUUAGGGCAGGGUUACUUACUACAUUGAAAUGUUUUUAGAAGUGAAUUUAAAAUUUUGAGCCAAAAUAGCCACAUUUAAAACACAACUGACAUUUUGAUUUUUCUUGGAAUUCCUUUGUCCUAAAAUUUGAAAUUCACUUUAGAAACUAGACAUUUCACAUUUUAGUGAAUACUAAAGGAAUUAAUUAUGUGUUCAUGCAGGAAUUCCAUCAACAUUCCUUUACUCUCUACUUAGUUCUCAUCCUGAACCCAUGCUGACGUUUACUACACCGUGAUAAACUGGGCUGGAUAUUUACUUCUCUAAUACUUACUGGUACUGCAGUUUGUCUUGGAUUUACAGCACACUCGGAGGUUGUGUUAUCGGUCACAUGUCAAUCUUGCAGUUAUACAUUUAAGCGUCUCAAAACACACAAGUGUAUUUACUUGUUGUAGUAAUGUGUUACUAUUUAUUUAUAUACAUGUAAAUUAUUUUAAUGUGGAUGUUAGCCUUGAUUAAAGUCCUUUUGGGAACAAUGUUCUAUUUGCUUCACAGCUGAUCCUGAGGGUGAAGUGGUACAGAGUAACAAAGAAGUAGCAUCCCUAAAUGUGACUCCUAUGCAGGAGGAGGAAAAAAGCGAAACCGAGAAGGAGAUUCUCACAUUUUCUCCCGUGUCCAGAGGAUUAUCUGGUAAGAGCUCAUGAUGUUUAAACUGGGACAGACUGAAAGUGAUUGACACUCUGUUUUAUUUAUACAACGUGAUAAGUGUGGAAGGCGAUUCCUAGUGUUAUAUCUGUAAGAUGUGUCUUUGCCAUGUAACAAGCAUUUAAAGCAGGUGGGUGUAGCUGCUAGUUGUCUUGGGAGGAAACUAGUCAUGCUCCCAAUUGCAGCAUCAAUUUUUAUUAGCAUAAUGUCUCAUUAAGUAGUUUAGUGAAUCUGUGCUUUUGUGGUCUGAAAGGUUUGGCUUUUCAGUAGUAACUAUUGAUGAAGGAUGCCCACUUUCAGAAAAAUCAUUUAGGAUAAUGAGCUACUGAGAUAUUCUAUAUUCUCUUCUAAACUGUGUUGUGGGCAUGUGUACAACUGUUUGAUAUUUAUUACAUUAAUUUCCCCCAGGCCAUGCCUCCAAAUCUCUCCCUACACCACCCUCCUCUUCCUCGUCUCCAGUCACCAGCAGAGCCAAGAUGUCUCUAACUGGGGCAGGGAAGCUGCCACAUGCAGCCCAAAGCUUGGCCAUGAGAUUGCUGAGUAUAACCAGGGAUGGAACAGACAAAGUGCACCGUGCCAGGAAGACCAUUCCCCGGGCCGGCAAUGUAUGUAUAAAGUAGUAUUGAAUCUGAACUUGGUUAUAGCAUAUUUGAUUCUAAUGAUACAAGUUUAAAGACGAUCUCCAUUGUCAGUUUUGCUGAUCAUCUUUUUAUUUUUUAAUUUAUACAGCUAAUGUAAUAACUAAAAUUAUUUAUAUAUAAAAAUAAAAAAAAACACAUGGUCUGCCCUGCAUUUGGGCUUCAGUGAUGUCCUGUUUCAAGCAGAAAGCAUCAGAUAUAUCUUGACCAAUCCCUGGUUUAUUAGGAGACCCACCAUAGCUUGAAAUAAAAAAAAGUUUAAUAGGUAAAGCUUCAGGAAUUAAUUUCUAAAGCAGACUAUAGUUUAUAGACUUGUAAAUUUAGCAUCUGGAACUUUUAACAGUUUGAAUGUAUUUUAUUUAAUCCCACUGAUGUUCCCAUAUUCAGAUAUUUUGGCUGCUGUAUGUAGCCAAAUAUCUCCCAACCUGGAAAAGUGAAGUUAGGUUACCAGGGGAGGCGAGGGAUAUGACAUUCUAAUUUAUGUUUCCCUUUAAGUCCUUUUUACUGCUAGCUUUGCCUGUUCAGAAAACACUUUGAGUCAAUCUCAUUUAAUUUUACACUCAGGUGUUGUUUUUUCCCCUGUUAUGAUGACAAUGAAGGGACCCAACUUUCUCCACAUUUUUGUGUACAAAAGCUCUUCUAACCUUGUGCAUAUUGUGUAACACAUACAAUGUGUAAUCUUUUUAUCUUGUUCUUUCGUGCACUUCACAUCUAAUAAUAUUGCAUGUCACUAAUCCUAGGCAACAGGGGACAUUCCGCUCUUUCCAGAUGGAGAAAGACCGGGUGCCAGAAGAGAGUCUGAGAUGGAGAAACGAGACAGCCCAGGUGCGGAGUGCUGGCCUUGGGCAUGGAGAGUUUUGUAGGAGGGCAGGCUGACCUAAAGGGGAAUGAGUGGAACAUGUUUCUAAAACUCCUAUAUUGUUAGACAUUUAUUUUUUAAUCUCUUCUUACUUUUCUUCACUUAUUCCUUUAGACUCCACACAAAAGAGACCUAGCUCCUCCCUGGGAACAGAAACGUCCGCAAACCGAUCCAGUGAAAUUGAGGUGAGAUAAGAUUCCCAACAAUCUAUGGGAAUAAGAUUGCUUAUGAUGUCCUGCAUGAACAACCCACCUUCUCUAUCUGAAUUUAAUAAGUAGUUUUUUUGUUUGUUAGUAUUUUUUUGAGGGGAAGAGGAAGGUGGAAUAUUAAAUUUUUACUAACAAAACACUCCUGUUAUUUAACUGUGCAUCAGGACUUGGGAUAGUGCACAGGUAAAAAAAAAAUUAUGUAUUUUAAUUGAUGUGUACUAUAGCCAUUGCUGCCGUCAAGGAGUAGUGGAGUUUGAGAGCAGGAUUUAAUUUUGUGUGUUGUGUGAAUUUUAAAUGUCUAUAACUAGAAAAAUAAGCUGGAAAUCAAACACUAUUAUACAGUAGGUUCUGAAGUUUAAUCAAGAAAAGUGGGUGCAAUGCUUCUACCCUUGAGGACAUUAUCUAGCGCAGUGAUCCUGAACCUGGCCUCUCUGUGGGCACGCGGCCAUAGGUCGCCUGGGGGGGUGGGGGGAAUGCUUUUGUAUUUUCACCAUAGGUAAGAAGAAGGGGGGGGUGGGACAAAUAUUUUAUGUAUAGGUCAGGAUUAUUAAAAAAACAAAAAUACAUUUGCUACCUGCAGCACCCCUACCCCACCCCCACAUACACACACUACUCCACCCCCUCAAACACACACAGCACUCCAUCCCCCCCACACGUGCACACACACAGCUCUCCACCCCCACACGCGCACACACACAGCACUCCAUUCCCCCCCCACACACGCGCGCACACACACAGCACUCCAUCCCCCCACACACACACACAGCCCCCCCAUGUAUAUACAUAUUCAGCAGUCUGUGUGUAUGUUUGUGUGCGUGUAUUCAGCAAACUGUGUGCGCGUAUUAAGCGGACUGUGUGUGUAUGUAUUGCAUUUGGUGGAGAUACUAAUCAAUAUAAACUUAAUUUUAUCUAUUUUCUAUAUCAUUAUUUAAACCGUGAAGUCUCAACCCCGUCUGACGUCCCAAGAUCUGUUGUCUCUACAAGGAGAAACUACUAUAACGGACAUUUGAUAAGUGUUCUGGACUUUUAUCUCAUUUAUCUUAUCCUAUAUUUUAUAUAUCCGUUAUAUUUAUUCAUUUAGGCGCACCCUUUCCUUUUUGUCUACUGACUCAAUUAAGGUUCGCCAUCACUGAUCUAGCAUAUGGGCCUUCCAUUGGAAACCGUUGUUUACAUAAAUUAUACUUCCGGUUUAUCGCGCACAGGGUACAUCUAUACCAACAUCACCUGCUCCUGGUUCAUCUCGCGACCCUGGCGGAGCAGAAACUGAAGACUGGGAGCCGGAGGUGGGGAAUGAGUUCAGCCUUUACUAUGAUAGCAUAUCACUUGAGGAUCAAGGGGACAGUGACAGUAAGGUGAGUGUAACAUUACCAUGGAGUGAUGACAAGGGGACAGUGACACCACUAAAACACAGGAAACCUUAUUGAAUUUUGUUGACUGCAGGAGGAGGAGGAAGAGGAAGAAGAAGAAGGUUCUGGGAAUCAGUCAGAAAGGGUAAGUGUGAUCUGAUUUUUGUCCUACACUCAGUGACAUAUCUUUCACUGUGUGAUGGCAUGUGGUAGGCCACAAUACACUCUAAUGGACUGUAAUGUAACCAAUAUUGUGACAUAGACUGCUGAUGGUGAUUCUCCUCCUUCUGUUCAGAGCUCCAGCAGUUUGAAGAAGAAGAGUAAAAAGAAAUGGAAGAUGGAUAAGGCUUGGCUGAAACCUACAAGAAAAAGGAAACGGAGGGAGAGAGAAAAACCUGGGUCAGGUAUGAUUGGAAAGAUGACAUCUCUGGGGCUGGAGGGGAGGGGAAGAGGUAUGUGCAGGCAGCAGGCACACAUAAUUAAAUGAAAUGCAUGCUGGGUGUUUCUCUGGUGGUCCUAGCCUGUUCCCUGCUCUUGUAGCUGUCAAUUCUGCGGGGGGAACACACAAUGAGUACACGGAGGUGCCUCUGGGAGCCCUGGAUCUUCCAAGCGAAGGGGCGAUGUCUCCCAAUCAUGCAGGUAAAUGCCUUUUUUCACUUCUUAUUCCUGGUAUUUGCCUAACUUUAAAACAAAAUCCUGCCAUCCUCGCUUCCCUCACACCUCUCAGUAUGAUGGUGCUGCCAUUUUCCCUUUUUUUUUUUUAUUACAAAUUGAGCACUUUAAUUGCUAACAAUGGGGCUGCCACGUUCCCAUUUCCCUCAACAUAGUGCCUUUUGAUUGUCAUCCAUUGAUGUCUUCUCUAGGAGUAUGCAACGAAUCCAGCUCUAUGGACACAGAAAGGUUUGAGGAGCUUCCUCUCUGCAGCUGCCGCAUGGAAGCUCCCAGUGUGGAGAGAGUCUGUGAGCAAGCUAAUAAUGUCUGUAUGGCCACAGAGAGUGUGGAUGGAGAGGUGAGUAGCAGGGGUAAGCCUGUAAACUGACUUGUGACAUGAGUCUGUGAUCGGGAAUGGGUAAAAACCUGUAAUAUUGACUCUUGUUUUCUGUAGUGGAAGCUAACUUGCUCUACCAACACUACAUUUUAAAGCUGCUACUUAUACUUUUACAUUUUUCUCAAUCUCUCACAACAAAUGUUGGAAAAAAUAAACUGAAAACGGUAUACAUACACAUUUUAUUACAGGUCCAUGUUCUUCUUCUAAAGAAACAAUAAAAGUAACCGUGCAGACUGAUUACAAUUAAAUGGUGUCAAAAUGUAAUUUGUACCCGGUCUGCACUCCCAUUAUUCUGAGCUUUAGUCAUAGCUCUGAGAUUUUGAAGCUCUGGCGUCUUUUGUUGGGGUUUUAUCUACCCAUUUCCUAUCAUUGUAUAUCACUAGGCUCUUGGAACCCAGGUCUCAGAAAGUCUCUCUAGUGAUGGAAUCUUGGAAUACGGUUUAAUACAGGGGGGGAAAAACACUUUGCAAAAUAAUGAUGAGAAAAGAGCAUUCACUCCAUAUGUCUUUCAAGGACUGUUGUGAAAAUGCACAUGCAAGAGAAGCCAGCAUUAAGAAUCUCUGAGUAGGACCGUCUUCGAAGUGGCUUGCAGUGUCUUUGAAGUGAAGCUUUUUGUUGACGAUUAUAUCUUUAUGCUGUAUUUUAAACGCACCUUAAUUUUUUCAUGUUUCUCCCUGGUGUCUUCAGCUAAGUGGAUGCAAUGCUGUAAUCACAAAACGGGAAACAAUGCGGCCUUCCAGUCGAGUUCCACUCAUGGUUCUCUGUGAGAGCCACCGCGCCCGCAUGGUCAAACAUCAUUGCUGCCCAGGCUGUGGACACUUCUGUAGCACUGUAAGUGAUAUUUUAAGCCCUUUCACUACUCUCUCCUUACGCUAGAUAUUUAUAUAUUGUAAUUACCUGCAACUCGGGGAUUAAUACACUGUUAUUGGCUGCAGGCAGCUUAGGGAAUAACACAUUACUGGCUGCAGGAAGCUCUGGGCAUGAUAUAUUGUUACUGGCUGCAGGCGGCUCGGGGAAUGAUGCAUUUUUACUGGCUUCCGGCAGCUCGGGGAAUCAUACAUUGUUACUGGCUGCAGGCAGCUCUGGGAAUGAUACAUUGUUACUGGCUGCAGGCAGCUCAAGGAAUUCUACAUUGUUACUGGCUGCAGGCAGCUCAAGGAAUUCUACAUUGUUACUGGCUGCAGGCAGCUCAAGGAAUUCUACAUUGUUACUGGCUGCUGGCAGCUCAAGGAAUUCUACAUUGUUACUGGUUGCCAGCAGCUCAAGGAAUGAUGCAUUGUUACUGGCUGCAGGCGGCUCGGGGAAUGAUGCAUUGUUACUGGCUGCAGGCGGCUCGGGGAAUGAUGCAUUGUUACUGGCUGCAGGCGGUUCGGGGAAUGAUGCAUUGUUACUGGCUGCAGGCGGCUCGGGGAAUGAUGCAUUGUUACUGGCUGCAGGCGGCUCUGGGAAAGAUACAUUGUUACUGGCUGCAGCCAGCUCUUGGAUGUUCAUUUACGCUUUCUUUUCGCAGGGAACAUUUUUGGAAUGCCACCCAGAUUUCAGGAUAAAUCAUCGUUUCCACAAGGCUUGUGUCUCACCUCUGAACGGCGUAAUAUUCUGUCCUCAUUGCGGGGAAGACGCGUCUGAAGCUGAGCAAGUCACAAUAGCAAAAGCCGAUCUCCCAAUUGCCGUUCCUGCACCGUCCCACCAUGACGGGGGCGGUCCAGGUAGGGCAGACACGACACAGCCUAGGUAAGAAAAGAAAAAAAUAUCUACGUUCGUCCUGGCACAAGGCAAGGAUAAAACCAAACUGCUCCUAACUGUCUGUUUUCUCCCUGUUGCUUCUGUUUUCAGUGCAAGAAUGUGUGGUGUUGGGGAAGGAAAGCGUAAUCUCUCUGAUGAUUCCACAGUUGGUGAUGGCUCAGAUGGUCCUUGCGUUCUUCUACCAUCAGGAGCUUCUCUUAGUACUUCUGGGUUACCACCAGGACCAGCCCGAGAUGCACUCCGAAAAGCUUUACUGUCCCAGGAGACAGACAGGUGGGGAUCUGGAAUGUAUCACCCUGCCGUCCCUUUCUAUAGGUCUCCGUUUACUAUGCUCUGGUUUUCUGUCUGUGUAACUACAUACUCAUCCUGCUUCUGCUCUGUGUCCUAGUGUUUGAACUCUUUCAACCCUUUACUUUUAUUUCUUUUAUCUAGUUUAUAUUUCCCCUGGCUUUACUUUUGUUUAAUUUCUCAAGACCCCCCUCCCUCCCAUGUUUAAUUUGAUGUAUUUUGGUCGCUGCCGCAUUCAUCCAUUUUGUGUCUUCGUCUUUUUUGGUUUGGAGGUCGUUAUUCACCCCUCCUGCUCCCUCCUUGCAUAGUUUGUCUCAGCAGAAGAGAGAUCGCAGGAAGAAGGUUCGAUACAACUCCCGUCAACUUUACCUGUCUGUGAAACAAGGAGAGCUGCAUAAAGUCUUACUCAUGCUCAGUAAGUUUCAAUUUCCUUCUUUUUACUACCAUCUUCUUUCUGCCCUUGAAUUACCAACAUUAGAAAACCUAAACUACAGUUCAUUGGUCACCACACUUUUACUCAGUGUGUUAUUCUAGGAAAAUAUUUUUCUUUUUCUUUUUUCAGUAUACUUUUAAUGUUGUAUUUUCUUCCCUUUUAUUCUCUCAGUGGAUAAUCAAGACUCUAGUUUUCUGAAUGACCAACAGUUAAAAAGGAGUCCUCUCCAUGCAGCAGCUCAAAAGGGCAGCUUAGAAAUGGUUCACGUACUGGUUCAGGUAAACGUUUUACCCUUGUUUCUUUUGCUUCCUCUUCCAUUUUUACCAUCCAUUUCUGAAGCUGCAUACUUUUCACACAGGCCGGAGCAAACUUUAAUGCCACUGACAAGGUUCUCCGUACCCCUCUGUUGGAAGCUGUGGUCAACAACCAUAUUGAAGCCGCCAGAUACUUAGUCCAGUGUGGGGCGUGUGUUUAUCAUAAGGUAAUAUAUCCGCUCCUAUCUCAUCCCAUUCUGUCCUGUACCUGGGCAUGCAAGCGUUUCUUCUCAAUGAGAUAACUAGCACUAAAAAUAAUACAUUUUGGCAUAGAGAAAAGCAUAAUCAGUUCAGCUUCCACAGGAGAUUAGGGAAACUCCUAUUAUUACUGUGAGUUUAAAUAUUGUGGUGCGUCUCCAGAAUGGGAAAACCGUAUUAUAGUAAAGCGAUAAUUACAGUUACAUUUGCCAUAACUUGGUUAGAGAGGAGAAUUUCCUUAAAGCUGUAGAUUUUAUUUGGGAUAAAUCACUUUAUAUCGAUGUAUAUUUUCACACAGUUAUAUUAGGGGUGAGCUCUGGAAGCCAAUUGUGGCUUACUGAGCAUUCUGAGAGUAGAACAAUAAGUUUAAACAGAGCCUAUAUUUCCCCAACUGAUACUUUAGGGGGGAUUGUAGUGUCCUGUAUAAAUGUUAUUAUGCUGAAAAAUGUACAACUUUAAAACUGGACAUUGCAUUUGGUAUUCUGUCCUUUUGACACAACACACUGCACAUUUGAUGCAGGACGCCAGUGAUUCCUUUGACAUCCUCGCCUUUCUGAAUCCUCGAAACAGCCAUUAGUUCCAGGAAACUGGGUAGAUGUUCCAAAACUGAAAAAAAAACUGUAUCUCCCUUUUGCGAUCUUUUAAAAAGAUUCCUGGUCUGUACAUCAAUAGUUUUCAAAUGCAUUUAUUUAUUUAAUCAUUAUAGUGGAAAACGUAAUAAUGAGCACCAGUUUAUUUUUCCAGGUUUUCCCUAGAUAGUGUUUUAGCAUUUAUUUAAAAUGAAAGGGAAAAAAGAAUCAGAAAUAUAAGCUGUAUUUGUCUCAGUCUAAUCUUUACUUCCAACCUAUAAUCACUUUUAAUGUUGAAAGAUUAUGAUGUGAGCUCCUUGAACAGUUAAACCUUUAACAACUGAAUACAAAGCCUUAAUAUAUGUGUAAAACUUCAAUAUUUAUCUCCUGGCUCUGAAAAAUAUUGCUAGUGAUUUUUAUAUUUACAAACUACAACAGUGGGGUGUAGUAUCAAAAUGUCAACUAAGAUCUGUGAUAACCGUAAAGAAGGCUUUUUAGAACUAAACCUGAUCUAACCAGGUGAGGGAAGAUUAGGACAGGUUAGUCAAGUUAAUACAGGUUGCUCUCUGCCAUCAUUUAAAGGCAGAUUGGUUUCCUGUUACUGUUGGUGAAUCAUUCUUCAUGUAAAGACUCAAGUGAGCUAAACAUAUUUGACAUGUCCUGCGUGGGACGUUCCUGUAGGUUUGAGUAUUGAGGUUUUGCUAUCUGAGGGAUUUUAAUGAAAUGAAAGGUGUGGUAGUAGCAAACUAGGGUGACAUUGAGGGGAUCGACUAUUAACCUUUUACUAAUUGUUCUCACCUGCCAGGAAGAGGACGGAUCUACGUGCCUACAUCAUGCUGCAAAGUGCGGGAAUCUGGAGAUGCUAAGUUUCCUGCUUUCUACAGGCCAAGUCAACGUGAAUGCCCAGGUGAGGUGGUGAUGCAGUAGGAGGACACUUUAAGUUGAAAGGUGUUGGUGCUGUAUUUAUAUUUUUGUCUUUUCAGGAUAAUGGUGGUUGGACACCGAUCAUUUGGGCUGCAGAACACAAGCACAUUGAGGUGAUCCGAAUGCUCUUAACUCGUGGUGCAGAUGUCACUCUACAGGACAACGUUAGUGAACAAAAUAGGGAUGAAAGAUUGCCUCAAUCGCUUCCUUACAGUUUCUCCACAAAUUCACUUACAUUCUUUCACUAUUAUAUUUUUAACUUUCCUAACCUCAAUUUUUAUAUAUUUUUAUCUCCCCUAACCUCAAUUUCCAGUAGCAAUUUUUGUUUCUUUAUUUGUAGGAGAAAAACAUUUGUUUGCACUGGGCUUCCUUCACUGGCAGUGCUGACAUUGCUGAAGUUUUGCUCAACGCUCGUUGUGAGCUCCACGCGGUGAACUUCCAUGGAGACACACCUCUACAUAUUGCCGCACGCGAGGGCUUCAUCCAAUGUGUCAAGUGAGAGCUCACAGUUCCCUCAAUCAUGAAAUAAAGAUUUAGUAAAUAAAUGGCAGAAAAAUCUCUAAAUAGAGGAGGAACUAAUAAAGAGUGAAAGGGGGAGGCGGGGUGGGGACAGCUUAGACCAUAACUUAGAGGAAGCUAAAAUUAAGAAAACCUUCAUAUAUUUCUGAGGAUUUAUUUUAAAUUUUCUCUUUAUUGAUUCCUCCUUUGCAGCCUUUUCCUUUCUCGGGGAGCCAGCACAGAAAUUCGUAAUAACGAGGGGGAUACACCGGGAGAUCUAACCCUGGAGCACACAGAUGUUUGGUACGCCCUGCAACUAAACCGUAAGAUCCGGCAGGGCAUUACCAAUCGAGCUGUUCGCACAGAGAGGAUAAUCAGCAGGUCAGGCCACAAGCAUAAUGAGACUUUGUGGAAUGUUGGGUUUAUCAAGUGAAAAAUUAUUGGGAGACUUUGAGCAACAUAAUCAUUAUCAACAAGGGGAAAGUGGAAUUUUAAGCUGUCAGUGAGCAUGUAUUUGACAGAUCAUUUUCCCUGUACUCACAUUGUUCUUCUCAGGGACAUUGCACAUGGCUACGAACGGGUCCCAAUCCCCUGUGUGAAUGGUGUGGAUGAGGAGCUAACUCCAGAUGACUAUAAAUAUGUUUCAGAGAACUGCGAGACGUCAGCCAUGAGUAUUGAUCGCAAUAUUACUCACCUGCAGGUACAGCACUCACUCCUUAAACCUUUUCUUUACAAUUGCACCUCCAAAUUCCUUACUCACUUCUCUCUUCUCUCAGAACUGCAGUUGUCUUGAUGACUGUUCUUCUAGCAAUUGCCUAUGUGGUCAGCUCAGCAUCCGCUGCUGGUAUGACAAGGUGAGUGCUGGUGAAGUUAAUGUGAUUGUGAGCUGUCACUUUGAACUUGGAAUGAUCCAUCUGGUAUCUCUUCCCUUAGGAUGGGCGUCUGCUCCAGGAGUUUAACAAAAUCGAGCCUCCACUCAUCUUUGAGUGUAACCAGGCCUGUGCUUGUUGGCAGACCUGCAAAAACCGAGUGGUACAGAGCGGCAUUAAGUAAGUCUGAGUGCCGAACUUGCACUCUCUUUACAAUAGUAAAGUCGGACUUCCAGUUGUUGUAGGAGAUGUAUGUAUCUGUUCACAUCAUAAACCCAGUAGGAAUGAGAUGAGGGAUAACAGUGGGACUAAUAUGUAUAGAGAUGGCAAUAGCUAUGUCUAAAUAGUAACUGCAGUAUCUCGGAGUCCCAGAUAGCUCAGGUCAGACUGUAAUCCUUCUCAUGUUUAUAAAAUGAGUACCUUGAAGUUGGAUGUACUUGCAUACUGUGUUUUUCCAAUGCUACUUGUUUUAACUCUCCAUCUUUCCUAGGGUCCGUCUCCAGUUAUACCGCACUGCUAAGAUGGGCUGGGGUGUGAGAGCCCUGCAGGCCAUUCCACAGGGAUCCUUCAUCUGCGAGUAAGUCCGGUUUAAUUUUCCCCCAGUUUGUGACCAGUCCCACUCUGCCUCUUAAAAACACACAUAUAACUUCUGCGCACUAACUCCCACUACUCGUGGACAGCAGACGACUAACUGUAGUAAUAUUCAAUAUGAACAACAUAUUAAAUAUAUAGAACAAACCCCAAUAGUACAUAGGUAACAUGUCCAACCUUCCCCUGCCCGUCUCCUGCCUCCUCACUGCCGGGUUGCUCGGUGUUAUGUGAGUCACAAACCUUCUGCUUCUUGCAGGUAUGUAGGUGAGCUGAUCUCUGAUGCUGAAGCUGAUGUGAGAGAGGAUGAUUCCUAUCUAUUCGAUCUGGAUAACAAGGUGAGACAUUUUUAGUUUCUACCUUUUCUCAAGCAUAUAAAUUAAAGGGACAUGCUAAGGUGGUAGAUUCCCCAACAAAAAAGUUCGAGGAGUUGUGCUGGUUGAGAAAAUGAGAGCUACUCCUUGAAUAUUUUAUACAACCUCAGGCCAUAUACAGCCUAAACCUCCUCUGCUCUGAAGACAUGAUACUUUUCUUUCCAACCAUAACAGGUUUCUGUGUCUCUCUCUUCUUCCCUCAUGUUGUAUCAUCGUUUACUCGUCCAGGGAACUGUCCGCUAAUAUUGUGUACUUUUGAUCUUUUUCCUAUUGUUUGCCUAUUUGUACUUUACUCACAUUUUUAGGUAAAGUCUUUAUGAAAAUAAAUUAGAAUGUUUGUUUAUUUGUUGGGUCCUAAUUUUACAGAGCCAUCUGGUUUAUUACCGUAGAAACACUUGUGUAACUUUUAAACAGCAAUAAAUGUGGUCACCACUAGGUGGAGCAGUGUAUUAAUAAGAUAUAGACCAUGUUUAUUCAUGUGUGACCUUUUCAUUUAAAAUAGCAUUACUCCUUUUUAUAUUAAGUAAAUUUAAUCCCUUAGAAAUUAUUGCCAUGGGAGCUAUAGUCUUCUUAGUGUUUGCCUGGCGAGAGAUGUCUUUGGUGUUUGAAGAAUGACUUACUUUAUAUUGUAACAAUUGAAAGUAAAAACCUGCCUUUGUAAAUGACACAGGACGAACAUAGUGUUUUAUUUCCAGUGGUAUUGGUUCCUCUGCUCACUGCUACAUUCUAUGAAGCAAUCAGAGACUGCAAACUAUUUCUCGUUAUUUUUAUACGUUUAUUGCUUUUUAACCCUUGCAGGAGAAGGUAUUGGCAGGUUGUUUUAUUGGGUUAUGUUUCUGUCACUGGUCCUGAAGGUGUUAACUUCUGGCUUUGGAAACUUGGCUUAGUCCAUAUUGUCAAAGCUGCCAAGCAAUAGGAAUGCCCGUUUCAUCACUGCCGAUUACUUUUAAGGUCCUUACUUUAACUUAGUGCAUGAGCCUGCGUAGUAUACAGUGAGAAGUCUUCAAAUGCCUUUAGUCAAACCUAUGUGUUCUUAUCGUCAUUCCUCCUUUACACUUUCUGACUUCCCUUCUCCCCCCCACCACUGGCCUGAUGACCUUCCCAGCCUCAGUGCCAGUUUACAGACUCUGCUCAUCACACCAAUAACUCCAUUCCUGGAGGCAUUUCAAUUAUACAUAAUAAAGACUUAGGUUUGUUCUGUUGUCCUGUAGCUGGAAACAACAGCAUUGCAAUCUUUUAAUGCCUUUUUCUAUGCAGUAACCUGUCUGCUUUUCCUACUCCCAGUUCCCCUGUCUUUCCUUUUUAGUCCUGUUUAAGUUUUUUGUUUUUUUCUCUUAGGAUGGAGAGGUGUACUGUAUUGAUGCACGCUAUUACGGGAAUGUGAGUCGUUUCAUUAACCACCUGUGUGAACCCAAUUUAAUCCCUGUUCGAGUCUUCAUGUCCCACCAGGACCUACGUUUCCCUCGUAUUGCAUUCUUCAGUGGAAGGGACAUCCGUUAUGGCGAAGAGCUGGGGUAAGUAGGAUGGAAUAAGGCAAGUUUAACAUGAAAGGAGUGGCAAUGAAUAUGUAUAGAUUCCAAUGACAUGAGUUGGGCCAAGAAAGAUGACCACAUUGCAGAAAAUGAAAGUGAUCGUUAUAUGUAGAAUAUCCUGCCAUCUCUCUUGCCUUUACCACAUCUUUCUUCCUCCUGUAGAUUUGAUUACGGGGACCGUUUCUGGGACAUUAAGAGUAAAUACUUUACGUGUCAAUGUGGAUCAGAGAGAUGUAAGCACUCUGCAGAGGCCAUUGCUCUGGAGCAGAGCCGCCUUGCCCGCCUUGAAGUACCAGACUCCGUUCCAGCACCAGCGCCACCCCCUCAACCUGUGUGACACUUGCUAUGCCCCUUAUGCCUUUAACUUACUGCCAAGGAUGGCCUUGCAGAGUCACACCGUUAUCCCAACAGCUGUAAGAGACCCUGCCAAGCGUCACCCCGUUAGUUGACCCCACCAGUCAUGUCACUUUAGCCCUUUCCCAACUACGGAGACCCUGUUGAACUUAGUCUGUUAACAUCUUCUGUACCUGGCCAUUGUCUUGUAAAGCACCCAGACUCACACGUGAAAAUAAAGUCCUUGAUCUUUUUUUAUUUUAUUUUAUACACAACUGUCUAAAUAUUUUUCUUCCAGUUACUAGUGGUCUAAUAAAUAAAGACAUCUGAUUUGUA